ACUUUGCGUCUGACGUCAUCUGAAAGCAUGCGCAGUAGCGUCCGCCCGGUUUGCCCAACGCUUCCUAAACACAAAUUCACACAACUCUAGCAGUUCAGGUGUGAGUGAUCGACGCCUGUCAGAUGCUGCUGACCCCAUGGCUUCGACCUCUGAGGUGAACGUCCACAUGGAGGAGGUGGUGGUGGUCACGACCCCGGACAACACGGGUCAGACGUCUUCCACGGAUGAGGAGAAGAACAUUCUGGUGGCUUCGGACCUGGAACAGUCUAGUGAACACAGUGUGGAGCAGACUUUGGAUUCGGAAGCUGAGUCAAGCAGCACCAUUUCCCUUCCCAAGGACACUGUUUUGGUGAAAAUCUCUGAAGAUAUAGAUGUAGAGGGAGAUAUUCUUUAUCCAAUUACCUGCGGGGAAAGCAAAGCCAAUCUCGUAUGGAAGAAGUUUGUGUGCCCUGGCAUCAACAUCAAAUGUGUGCAGUUGAAUGAGCAUCUCAUCAGUCCAAAGGAGUUUGUGUAUCUGGCUGGCAAGUCGACGCUGAAGGACUGGAAAAGAGCCAUUCGCCUCAAUGGGACCAUGUUGAGGAAGAUCAUGGAUUCAGGCGAGCUGGACUUCUAUCAACACUCCAGACUCUGUUCAAACACAUGUCGCAGUACCAAGAUCGACCCGGUGGGGGCACGAGUGUCACUCAGUAGCCAGCCAUCCACAGAGACUGCCCCCGCAACCCCGGCUUCAGUGGACGUGAAUGGAUCCGCAGCUUCGUUUUCCACAGACGCUGCUGAGGAUACCACAGAAUGGGUCACUUUAGGACAGGACACUGUGACGAUCUGGAGAGGGCUGAAGGACGCUGGGUUACUGGAUGAAGUGAUGGGGGAACUGGAGAGAGAGAUGCAGGAGAUGCUGAAAGGCUUAGAGGAACGCAUCCAAGACCCUCCUCUCCAGGCUAAUGAUGCCGCUCUACUCAACAAUAUCGUUCAGAACUUUGGGAUGUUGGAUCUGGUGAAGAAAGUUCUUGCCAGUCACAAAAGUCAGAUGGACCGUUGCAGAGAGCAGUACACUCGCAGCUUAGUGGCUCUUGAACAGCAGUGCGACGAGCAUCGCAAGCAUGCCAAAGAACUGAAGAGCAAAUCACAACACCUCAACAGCGUCCUCAUGACCUUGACCCCCGUGACCUCCUCUCCCCCAUCCAAGCGCCCUCGCCUGACCCGUGCCGUCUCUGGACCCGCCACGGUCGCACAGCCCACGCAUUUCACCCUGCCUAUCACUCAGCUCGCCGGCAUCACAUUGGAUAAAGUGCUGUCAGCGCAGGCUCACUCUCCCAUGAUUAGUGGAUACACGGUGUUGACUUCCCCCACUGGAGCCGAAGUCCAGCACGAUGGCUCUAAUCUAACGGUUCUGAGCACGGCAGCGGUACAAGAGGGAACCCAAGGACCCACUAUCGUCAAAGUAGUCAGUCCGUUUCAGCUGGUCACGCUCCCCACGAUGGGCACUGCAGCCACGGUGCAGAAUCUUGCAGGGACAGUAGGGGGGGCUACAGGUAGCACUGUAGUCGCCAUGCCUGUUAGCAUGGUUAGUACCGCAAAUACGGUGUCGGUGGAGGCAGUGGGACCACACGCAGAACAGAGAGCUAGCCAGCAGGAGAAAGAGUAAAUAUCCCCCUGCAACGUUUUGUUUCACCCAACUUCAGUGUGUCACACGGGGGAUGAGCUGGUGCUCUAUCAGCAUCUCAACCAUCACUGUUGCAAAUCAGCUAGCAUGAUUUGAAAUUAUAUUUUGUUGCGUUGCACUUGGUUCAUUAAUAAUUGCAGUUCAGAGGCAGCACUGGAGUUUCCAUUGUAUUUUGUUGUUUUACUAUUGAAGUGCUUGACUGCUUUGUUUACCGUUUGUACCUAAAACGUAAUGUCCUUUGGAUGUAAAUAUCACUCUAUUUAUACUAAAGGGAAGUGUUGACAUGA